UUUGACAGCUUACAGCUUGCGGCGGACAUUCUUCGUGGUUGCAUAUAAAUUUUGCACAGUUUCUCGCAUUAAAUCUCAAAGAUGUCUUUCGCCCUGAGAAGCACUGCUCGCUUGGUCAGCUCGGUCCGGCCAGCCCUACGAACAAUGCCGGCUCGCGGAUAUGCUGACGAAAUGGCAUUCACACUGGCUGCUGCUAACAAAGUUUUCUACGAUUCUGCCCACAUCCGGCAGGUGGACGUUCCCUCAUUCAGCGGAGCCUUCGGUAUCCUGCCUAAGCACGUUCCAACUCUCGCCGUCCUUAAGCCAGGAGUGGUUACCGUGUACGAACAGGAUGGUGGCGUGAAGAAAGUGUUCGUUUCCAGCGGAACCAUCACGGUGAACGAGGACUCGUCGGUUCAGGUGCUGGCCGAAGAAGCCCACCCCGUCGAGGAUCUGGAUGCCGGUGCCUGCCGGGAGAUUCUUUCGAACGCCCAGAGCAAACUGUCGUCCGCCUCGACCGAAGUGGAACGUGCCGAAGCGGGAAUCGCUGUCGAGGUGGCCGAGGCACUCGUUAAAGCUGCCGAAUAAACCACCCCGAACAUGCAACUGCCCAACGUUUGCGUGAGUACCCCAAUACUUCUGUUCUGUAGAUUCGUUUUCCUAAGGUGCAAAUUAAGUUACAUCUUCGAUGAACCGUCAAUUGCCGGAUUGGCUAUUGUUGCGGGAUUAAUAAAUUUGAAUUCAAAGUGGAGUAAACAAGCUUA